UCUUUGAUAAGAUCGGCCCCGAGGAUAGCUUGACGCUGAGUACGGAGAUUGCUCGCUGGUCACUGUUCUUUGCAUCAUCCAUCUUCACUUGGGUCGUGUUGUGGUACUUCAUUGACGGUGGGAAUGUCCUGAUCGUAUAUGAGGGAUCGUUUGAACCGUUCAAACUUACCUUACUACCCCUCAGUGCUACCGUACGUCAUUGUUUCCACGCUGAGUACGCUCUUUGGAGGGUACAGCGAGCGGACCCGAGCGCGACUUGAGUACAUGGUAGCCGUCAAACUCUUCGUCACGAUUGCAUCCUGGGCGAUCAUCACGGUCGUCGCGUUCGCCCUCCUGUUCAAUCAAAUGAAUCAAGUGGAGUACUGGCUUACGAUAUUCCAUGUGAUCGUAACGGGGAUGGUGUUCACUCUGUGUAUGCUUAUACAUAAGCUUCUGUUGCAAGUGAUUGCCGUGCAAUUUCACAGACUCGCGUAUAAAGACCGAAUCGCUAUAUCCAAACGACAUAUGAAACUGCUCGACGCAUUCAAAAAGUACGCAAAGCAACAUCGAUCAAAUAGCGAGUAUAUUGGACCGGGACAGCUUCUACCGAAAGGCGGCCCACAACCGUCCAAUCCGUCAAGUCCCAUCUGGACAGGCCGCUUUGCAUAUGGCAGGGAGCAGAGCACUACCAACACGCUAGCCACCGAUGCAGAUUCACAGCAAGGGGCUGCCGCUGCUUCUCACCGCAAAAACAAGCAGUCUGCGUCGUUCUGGCUGCAUAUAGUUAGGAGACGGGCGGCUGACAGCGCUGGGCGGAACGGCCUACCUGGGGAUCUAGACGACGACGACCCCGACCUCGAGUCAGGGAUGGAGUCUGAUGUCACCGAGAUGGGGAUGAUGGGACGGCGACCCACCACCGUCAACGGCCCACCAAUACCGCCAACAGGGGAACUCGCAGAAAUCCAAAAAUCAUACCCCAUCCACGCCCCCGACGACCAAUCAUCGCCGUUACCGGCCCGCCCGCGUACAACCUCCGACUCCCCACACUCCCUCAACAUUGACUCCCUCCACCGCAGCCCGACCGUACUCGCCCGCAACGUUUCCAGAAAGACCGCCCGAUCCCGCCCAGCCUCUCGCGCCGGCUCCCCACCCUCCUCGCCCGGCCUGCGCCCCAUCACCGCCUCCGACCUCCUCCCCACGACGCACACCAUCUCGCGCUCCACCCGUCCCUCCAUGUCGCACAGCCGCGCGGCGUCCGCAAGAAGGAGCGAUACCGUGCAGGAUCUGCUCUCCCCGAGCUCGCCGCAUGAUGAUAAGCAUAUUCGCUCCCCGAUACCCGGCUUGACGGAAUUCAAGGGAAAUCGGUACAAACAGGAGCUGGCGAGGAUGGAUAUUACGAGUCAUAUACAGGCGGGCAAGCUGGCGAAGAAGAUAUUCAUGGGGUUGGGAGGGAAGGAGAAAGGGUUUUUGACGUCGGAGGAUUUCAUGCGAUGCUUCGCAGACCCCUCCCUCGCAUCCGAAGCCUUCCUCCUCCUCGACCAAGACGGCAAUGGCUCCAUCACGCGCAAAGAAGUGAAAGACUGCGUCGUUGGGAUGUAUCGCGAGCGCCGCGGGCUGUACCGCGCGAUGCGGGAUUUGUCGCAGGCGUUGGGGAAGCUUAAUUCGUUUUUCUUUUUUGUGGAUAGCUUUGUGUCGUUUUGUAUUGCUUUGCCGAUCUUUGGUAUCAGCCUCACCGCGAUGCUCCCCUUCACGAGUUUUAUCCUCGCGCUGAGUUUCGUUUUCGGAACCGCGGCACGCACCGCCUUCGAAUCGCUGCUCUUCUUAUUCGUCACACAUCCAUAUGAUGCUGGCGACCGAGUCCUCAUCGACAACCAGAACUUGCUCGUGGAAGAAGUGGGCGUGUUGACAACGAUUUUCAAGAGGAUGGAUGGACAGUUGAUUUAUGCGCCUAAUACACUCAUUGCGUCGAAACUUAUACAUAAUCUGCGGAGGUCGGGGGAUCAGGUGCGGUCGCUGGGAUCUGUCCGCCAUCUUGAGUGUUCGGUGGUCACGGUCUUCUGAUAUGUCUGCCCUUUUUUCUCUUACUUUUGUCUCUGUCUUUUGUUAGUCCGAAGCCAUCGAACUCCAACUAGACUUCGACACC